AUGGUAUCAAUUAGUUAUUCUAAUGUGUUUUUCGGAGCUUGUGCUUUCAUUUUCCUUGGGUUGCAUAGUACAAUCUAUCAAACAGAUGCUAAAAAUGUUUUUGUAGUGGAGAAAGGCGACUCUACUAUCGAAAACGAAUUGAGCGACGAGAAUAUAAAGCAUCCAAAAAGGCAUAUCCAUUUCUCACUAGGAAAAUACAAGAGAAUACCUGACUUAGCUCCACCUUUCAACUUGGGAAUUCUAUCGAAAGAAGAACGCGUUCCUCCAUCUGGACUGAGUCAAAGUACAUCAGACAAUCCACCUCCUCCACCGCAUGUCAUAUCCAUCAUUUUACAUAAGGAAUCUAGGAUCAACUUCAGAGUAUUAUCAAAAGGAAACCGUAUUCCUCCAUCUGGGCCGAGUCAAAGAACUUCAGAAAGUCCUCCUCCUCCACCGCAUGCCCUAUCUGUCAUUUUACACAAGAAACCUGGUAUCAAUUUUGGAAUAUUACCAAAAAGCAUGCAUAUUCCUCCGUCUGGACCGAGUAAAAGAUUUUCGAACUAUCCAUCCCCUCCAACGCAUGCUCCUUCUGUUAUUUGA